AUGGUGGCUGAAAUGACGUGGAAAAAUAUAUUAGAUUUUGAGCAAGAUAUUGAAAUUGACAUUUGGCAUUUUAUUCGAAAUUUGUUGGCAAGGAUCCGACAUUAUGCACAAGAGGAAAAAAGAAAAAAAAUUAAAUCAUUAAAUUUAAAAUUCAUUUCCAUUGGAACUUGUCUCUCAAAUCUCAACGUGGUCGGAUGA